AUGCAAGAAAAGCAAGAGCACUUAUAUAAAAUUUUGGUUUUAGGUGAUCUAGGCACUGGAAAAACCAGUAUAAUUAAACGUUAUGUUCAUAAUCUUUCUUCUAUGAAUUAUAAAAGUACUAUUGGUGUCGACUUUGCUCAAAAGGUCUUGCAAUGGUCGCCAGACAAGUUGGUUAGAUUGCAAUUGUGGGACAUCGCUGGGCAUGAAAAAUUUGGAAACAUGACAAGAUUUUAUUAUAAAGAAGCAGUUGGGGCCCUCAUAGUGUACGACGUAACACGGUCUUACACCUUUGAAGGAGUCUCCAAAUGGAAAUCCGAUCUAGAUCAGAAAGUGACCUUGCCCGAAGCUUGGGGUGGUGGACCUAUUCCAGUUGUAUUGCUGGCUAAUAAGUCUGACCUUAACCAUGAAGGUCCUAAUACAAAAACUGAUGCCGAAAUAUCACAAUAUUGUGAAGAGAACGGUUUCAUAAAAUGGUUUAAGACUUCGGCAGUGAAUAACCAAAACAUUGAAGAAGCUUCGCGGUGUUUGGUUUCAGAGAUUUUGACAAUCGAUCAAAAGAACGAUAAGAAGGAAAAACGUGGUUAUUUAGCCAAUAGAAAUGAUGACAUCAUAAAAAUUCGAAGUGAAAAAGAAAAACCCACAAGUGGUGAUAACAUUUCAGAUGCCAUCAAAGUCUCUGACAAGGUUUCGAAUCUUCAAAAAGAUGCAAGGUCUCUUUUCACCGUAACCAAUCCUGAUGCCGUCAAUUUGGGACAGGGUUUUCCUGAUGAUCCACCAUCAGAUCAUAUAAAAGAAGUUGUAGCAAGAGCAAUCGCUGUGCCUGAAUGUAAUCAAUAUGCUCAUCCUAAAGGUCGAUUACACACUCGUCAAGCAUUGGCGAAUGCUUUUGGUCCUUUGUUUAAUAGAACUUUGGACCCUGAAACAGAAAUUCUUGUAACUGCUGGUGCUAAUGAAGGUCUUACUGAUCUUUUCUCUGCGUUCAUAGACCAUGGGGAUCAAGCUAUUUUGAUCGAGCCUUUCUAUGAUCAAUAUGUUGCCAACGUCACAAUGAACGGUGGUGUACCCAUAUAUGUUCCCUUACGCCCGACCAGUGAUCCGACUCAGAACAUGUCAUCGCGUGAAUGGAAAAUAGAUAUUAAUGAACUUCGUUCUAAAAUUACUUCUAAAACAAAACUUAUUGUUUUUAACAAUCCACAUAAUCCAACUGGAAAAGUUUUUUCUAGGGAAGAAAUGAUGGAGAUUGGUGCAGUAGCACAAGAAUUUAAUUUACUUAUCAUUAGUGAUGAAGUGUAUGAACGUUAUUAUUAUGCACCAGAUGUUUUCGAACGCAUUGCUACUCUUCCUGGAAUGUGGGAACGUACAAUCACUGUUGGUGAUUGUGGUAAGACUUUUGGAACAACCGGUUGGUGUGUUGGAUGGUUAAUCGGAUCCAAAUAUUUGAUAAAAGCUGCAUUAUCUGCACAUACUAGAAUUGUGUUUUGCGUGAAUUCUCCUCUUCAGGAAGCAAUAGCUAUCCUAUUUGAAGAAAUUGAUCAGAAAGAGUAUUUCGAUCGCCAAAUUUCUGCUUAUACAUUAAAACGUGAAAAGUUAAUGUCCACAUUAUCGUCCAUUGGAAUACCAUAUACAAUUCCCCAAGGAAGUUAUUUCGUACUAGCCAACACUUCAAAGAUUCAAAUACCUCAAGAUUACGAGUUUCCUGAAGAAUUUAUUACCGCUCCAAGAGAUUUCAGAGUUUGUUAUUGGCUGGCUAAAGAAAUUGGUAUUAUAGCAACUCCGCCAAGUGAAUUUUAUUCUCAAGAACAUAAACAUCUUGUGGAAGAUUUUGUAAGGUUUGCAUUUUGUAAGUCUAAUGAAACUUUAGAACUUGCUGCUGAAGCCUUUAAUAAGUUGAAGCCGUAUGUUAAGUAG